ACGGAGGAGAAGAGGAAUCAUCAUCCCCGUCGUCCACUCCCCCAACUCCUCCCACUGACCGCUGCUGUGCUGCCACUUCCAUUCCGUUCCACUUGGGCACUUGGGUUGUCUUCUUCAACCUCCCUCUCAAUCUGGCAUCUUUCCCCUCCCUUCCCCUUCCAUUGGAUUGGUAGAUAAUUCAUUGGUUGCUCCCCCUGAACCGAGACUGAGGCUGAGACUGAGGCUGAGGCUGGAACUGGAAUUGGAUUUCCGUUAUGAAUGGAAAUGAAAUGAAAUCUCCACCCCACUGAUCUAGUGAUCUUUGAGGCAGUUCCUCUUCCUCGGGAGAGGAGAGAGGGGGAAAAGAGGCCGUCGAAUUCUUGCAUCGUCGUCUUCUCGCUUUGCUUGGCGUUGGUUCCACUUGCACACCAUUCGAUUUCUCUGGUGGCGUCCGCAAGUCCACCUCGUCAAAGCAAGCAAACCUCUUCUCUCUCUCCUGCCAUCAGUCAGAGUCAAGCAAGCUCCCAUUUUUCCCUUGCAGCAGCAGCGGCAGCCCUCCCUCUGCCAUGUCCAGCACCACCACCGCGGCGGCGACGCAGCCCAAGCUCCACCACCUCGCAAAAGCCUGAUUCAUGGCCCCGGCUCCAUCCCCGGCCCCCGCGUCCUCGCGGCCCACUGCCACACCGGCCGACGCUGCGGCCACUCCGCCGGCCGCAGCGGCGCCCCCGCCCCGCCCCUCGCCGCCGCGCGCCGCCCCUCCGCCCUCACACUCGCAGGCUUCUCCACCUCCGCGGCCUACUGCCUCGCCGCCGCCCGCCCCGCCGCGGACAGUUGCUCCUCCUCCAAGGCCCACGCUGCUCUCGCCCCCUCCAACGUCCCCGCCGCCGUCCGCCCCGCCGACGCCCUCGCUCUCUCCACCAAGAACGCAUCCGCCAGAGUCUUCGGCCCCUGCAUCACCUCCUGCCGCCGCUCCGCCGCCCGUGCCGGUGCCAUCAGCACCGACUAGCCACAAGCCAUUGCCUACGCCUGCAACCGCGGCUGACCCGGCCCGCCCCAGCACGAGCAAGAACUCAAGUUUCAACAAGCCGUCGACCCCGGUUCCGCGGCACGGGAGCCCACCUGGCUCUCCUGGCGGCCAUAGUAAUGGUGUCGUUGUAGCCAUCGCUGCGGUGCUUGCCGUUCUUGUGCUUAGCCUCCUUGUCACAGCUGUUUGGUUCACGAACAAGCGCAAGAGGAAGAAAACUGAUGGUUACAGAGCUGGUUUCAUGUCGCCUACCUCGCCUUUUUCUUCACAGCAACCUUCCGGUGACUCGGCAAAUGCAGGCUUGCCAAUCGAUCCUUCUGUCCACACCAGCUUGUCCAAUGGUGCUGGGAGCCCCAGGUUGAAUCAAUGCUUGUCCGAUAUCAGCAUGGGCAACUCCAGGUUCUUCUCAUAUGAGGAGCUGUAUCAGAUUACCGAUGGUUUCUCAGCCCAUAAGCUUCUAGGGGAGGGAGGUUUUGGGUCUGUGUACAAGGGCCGCCUGCCAGAUGGUACAGAUGUCGCCAUUAAACGACUAAAGGAUGGUGGCGGACAAGGGGAACGUGAGUUCCAGGCUGAAGUGGAGAUAAUCAGUCGGGUGCAUCACCGUCAUUUAGUUUCCCUCGUGGGAUAUUGCAUUUCCAAUAACCAAAGGUUACUUGUAUAUGACUUCGUGCCUAAUAACACACUACAUUAUCAUCUUCACGGACGCGGAAUGCCUGUGUUAGAAUGGUCAACCAGGAUUAAAAUUGCUGUUGGUGCUGCUCGUGGAAUUGCUUACCUACAUGAAGAUUGCCACCCUAGGAUAAUUCAUCGAGACAUCAAGUCCUCAAACAUUUUGUUGGAUAACAACUUUGAGGCAAAGGUUGCUGAUUUUGGUCUUGCGAGGUUGGCUUUGGAUGCUGUAACCCAUGUAACAACCCGUGUUAUGGGCACAUUUGGUUACAUGGCUCCAGAGUAUGCAUCAAGUGGCAAAUUGACUGAGAGAUCGGACGUAUUCUCUUUUGGUGUAGUCCUCUUAGAGCUUAUUACUGGUCGAAAACCUGUUGAUGCAUCGAGACCGCUGGGUGAUGAGAGCCUCGUCGAGUGGGCUAGGCCAUUGCUUUCUCGAGCUCUUGAUACAGGCAAUUUGGAAGGGUUGGUUGACCCCAGGCUUGAGAAGAAGUUGAAUGAAGCGGAGAUGUUCCGCAUGAUCGAGGCUGCUGCCGCCUGCAUUCGGCACUCGGCAUCAAGGAGGCCCAGAAUGAGCCAGGUGGUGCGGGUUCUUGAAAGCUUGGCGGACAUCGACCUAACAAAUGGAGUUCAGCCUGGGCAAAGCCAGCUUUUCAACGUGGCCAACACGGCGGAGAUAAGGAUGUUCCAGCGGAUGGUGGCCGGCGCGCAGGAUGACAGCUCCGACUUGAGCCUAUACGGUUGGAGCAGAGGCACGGACGCUGACCCGAGUUCCAGGAUCUUGUGACGAUGGCCUUCUAAGCUUUCUGACUCUGUCUGUAGUAACUCUUCAGUUACCUAGUAGCGAAUUCAGGUGCUUGUAUCGAGUGAAAGUGGUUCCCUGACCGACCUUAAAAUUCUUUGGGAAAUCAAAGUGAUCUGUAGAUUACACAGGUGAGAUAGUGCUUGUUCUCUUUGUUUUUGUAAUGAAGGAAGGUAUUGAUUGGUCACAGUUUAUGCCGAAUUUUGAGA